AUGGUCUCAUUGAUCGCUAGUCAAAUCGAGCCCAACAACCCAAGCCCCCAUCAUGGGAAGUACAAUGCCGAAGGGUCAUAUUUGGGCAUCUUAAAACCGAACUACCGCGAAAGCAGCUUUCGGCUUCCAACCACCAAACACCCAAACCUCAUGGCGGACGAGACUAAGAAGGGCACAUCAUCCAGUGGCUACCCAUCAUCCCUUUCCACGGAUGAGCUCCACGCCAUCAUGGAGAAGUCAGAAAAGGAGACCGUAAAUGAUUUCGCCCUGAAGUUCAAGAAGGUGCCAGGGAACAAGUGCCAGGGUGGCUGGUCGCCUCCGACCAUAGAGGUGCCCUGCCCCUCCGGCGUCGGUUGGCGCAACCUCCUGAAGUGGGCGCUGCUUUUGCUCUUCGUCUUCGGGGCCUGCCACGUCGGACAGAGGAGUUUCGGCUCGGGAGGUGGCAAGGCGGGCUUUGGUGAGUACCGUGCAGGCUUCAGGUUUUCCUUCGCCUGGCUCGGCUCGCAGCUGCUUCUCGCAGCAGCCGGCCUCUGCGCGUGCAUCGGCAGACUAAUGUCGCGGACUCCCCGGGACUACGAGAAACUGAAGGAGGACGAGUGGGACUUCGACGGCGUCGGCCGCGAGUCGCUCAACGACUUUUUGGACGAGGCUGACGACGACGAUCACCCGCCACCCUCCUACUACGGGGCGCUCGACAAGAAGUUGGGAGACCCCGUGGAGAGAGAGGAGCCGAAGAUCGUGACGGGUGCCGCUUCGCGCGCGGCCCGGGAUCAGCCGGUGCCGCGUUUGGCAGGGCCUCCAACCGCCGGCGGGGGGCCACAAACCUUCGACAUGGCGAGUACGGACGAGGACCUCCUGUGA